GUCUUUCACUCUAUUGAGGAAUAAAGUCUUUUUUUCCAGAAUAUCAUCCAAUAUUUUGCUUUUAAUAGAUGAAAUAUAUAAUAAUUUGGUAAUUAAGUACAAUGAAUUGCAACUCAUCCAGUUUAUUAGAACCAUUGAAUCUCACAACCAUCGAUGAUGAUUGUAAGACACUGAUUUUUGACUUUUUCGAAUGGGAGGAUUUACUCAGUUUGGCGGAUACUAGUAAAAAACUAUAUGCAGCAGCUUGUGGUGUCUAUAGACGAAAAUAUGGCAAAGGAAGAUUACAUAUAAUUUCGGAAAUUCAAAGAGGCUCGUUUGUCCAACCAGAUGUCGAUGUAGAUGACCGUGGCAAAGCAUUGAAGCUUCUCAGAAAUUUCGGCCAUCUUGUUUCACACUUGUUUUUUUCAACUUACAAGGGCAGAUACGAGCCUGUAGAAUUUGUAUUUUUAAUUGAAAAUUAUCUCGCAGAGUAUUGUUCAAAGACACUGAAACAUUUAGAGUUGACACAUCCACCCAUGAUUUUAUUCAAAGAAAUACGAAACCCAUUCAUUAAUAUUGAGAACAUCGAUUUGCAUGGUUAUCAAGCGCCAAUUUGUGAGUUUCCUUUCAGUUCUGUAUUCCCUAAUUUGAAUUUGCUACAGAUCUGGUUUAGCUGUUUUUCGGAAGAAUUUACACCCAUUUGUAUACCACAGAUGAAAAAACUGUCUCUUUUUGGAGGCAGAAUUCACCAGAGGAGUGAAUUAAAUGUCAACAGAGCAACGAAUUUUGAAGAAAAUGAAAUUAAAGAGAUGCUAAGACUCAAUCCACAGCUAGAAGAGUUGAAACUAAAUUUGUACAGCAUAAAAGAUAUUAUUUUUCAAGAUCUCAGUCUACCAAACCUCAAACGUUUAUCACCAACAAUGCAUUUUAAUUCAAAUAUUAAAAAUGCUGAUCGAUAUCAUUUCGAAAAUGUUAUUGACUUCAAUUUACCAUUUCACAAAAUAACAAACAUUCCAUUCACAUUCAGCCAACUUGAACGCUUUGAAUAUUCAUGUUUUGAAGAUAAAACCAUCAAACCGUAUGUUCUCGAAUUCAUAUCUGAGAAUAAAUACUUAAAAUCUGUUAUACUAACCAAUGUAUGGGAUGGAAUAAAUAGCUUAUUUCCGAUACUGACUGAGUUGAAUCAUAUUGAGGAAGUCAGCGUUGAAACUACGCUCUAUGAAAUUCCAUCAUCAACUUGGAAUCUUAUUCCCGAAUUAUUUUCACAAAUUCAAUCACUCAAGAAGUUUACCUUGUGGAUAAGUAGGAUAAGAAACUUUUCAGAGAAAAUAAAAAAUGCCACGCAAAACAGAAAUCCUCGUUGCGUUUGGAGCAAAGAUGGAGGCAAAUUCGGUUCUGAUUUGAAAUUAACAUGGUUGCGGUCAUAGAUUCUCACGCAGGGUAUUAAGGGUAUUUUUGACCCCCUCUGAAAAAAAUUGACCGUACGCGAUUUUUGCUGAAAAAUGAAUGUGUUGACCUUUUUUUUAGCUCUUCACUUUUUUCCGGACAGCAAUUUACACUAGAUAGAAUCUUUUUUCGAAACUCAAGACCUUUUUUAGCUCUUUUCUUACAAUUGAAUUUUUUUGACCCUCGGCGAAUUUUUCGUCGUACCACCUCUUAAAUUCCAAGCGUGAGUACGUAUGGUUGCGGUGAAACAUUUUUGCAAAAAAUUCGAAACAAUUUUACCAAAAUCAAAAAUAAAUUUGACUUCUAGAAUUGUAAAUCUCUUGUGUACCAUUUUUUAACUGUUGUUUUCUUAUUUUUAAUUUUUUUUUUUUGAAUAAUCCUUGAAUUUAGUAUACAGUUUUUGCUCUUCAUCAAGAGUUGAUAGAGUCAUCCAGAAUGUCAAUAUCGGUUUCACCGAAGUGAUAAACAAUAAACCAUAUCCAUAUCUUCCUUCUGCUUUAAUGUUAGACGUAAUGACUAUCGCAUCUGUUUAAGCUGCUAAAUUUUCCUUGAUGUGUCGAUAAAAUGCGGCACAUUCUAUGUGUUUAUUGCAAUAAACGUCCGGAUUCGGUGCCUGGUCAUUCUGAUAUUUCUUCAUAGUGUUCCUGCGGUGAUGGCAACAAAAGAUUUUAGUUUUAUAAUUGAAUACAUAUUCAAUAAAACGCCAAACGAACUCACUCAAACACAUCGGUCCAGUACUGCUUCACGAAAUCGAUGCAUUGAACCGGGAUUUGUAAUUUAUCACAGACAUAUUGUGCAUCUUCCCAGUCUGUUUCGGCUGAACAGUAACUCGAACAGUAACGAAACGUCAACUAAAUCUCAAUUCUUCAGGAAAACACCACGAAUAUCAAAGCCUGUACACGAUGAGAGAGAAAAAGAGAAGAUCUUCAGUAUGUUUGUGCACUUUAUUAUAUUUCUCUCACUUUUCACGCCAUACCUUUUUGCUUCAACAAGAAACCGGCCACCGCUAAAUCAACUCCACCCGAAAUCCCCACCAUGUCUUUUCGAAUCAUUUUUCAAAAACAAAUUUAAAGGCUCUCUGCUGGGAUUCAUGCUGCCAUCAGACAAUUGUUUAUUUACAUGUAUAUUUUAUUGACAAUUUUGUCAAAAAUUGAGGCGACUACAGACUACAAUCGAUGUUAUAUUAUAAUUAUUGCUGCUCUUCCAUUUUGAGCGUAUCUGAAUUAUCGUCCUUAUUGUAAUGGGUGUAGGAAUGUUUUCGUAGUUCGGUUUGAAGUCGAAACGAUUCACCGCAAUCACUGCAUUGAUACAUAUUUUGGCCCACAUGCGAACGCAAGUGCUUUGUCAAAUCGUUGCUUUGCGAAAAUGAACGCGGACAGUAUGUACAAAUGUAUGCUGAAAAUGAUGAAUGAACGAAAAAAUAUCAAAACAUUAAUAGAGAAUGUUUAAAGGAGAGAAAAAUUAAAAAUUCUUCUGUUGCACAUACGUCUCUCGCCGGUAUGGGUUCUUAUGUGGCGCUUCAAAUGGUCGUUACUAUAGAAUCUUAGCGAGCAAGUGUCGCAUUGAUAUCGUCGAUCACCGGUGUGUAUUCCUGCAAAAAAGUCAGAUAAAACAAGCCAAAAAGUCAGUAAACUUUCAAUAAACUAAACUAUAUAGCUAGAACCGAAUUGAAUCAUUUCGCAACUAACUUUUAUGCUUUUUCAUCGAUCCUUUGGUUGUGAAUGAUGAGCCACAAAUGUCGCAAACGUGCUGUUUCUGCCCAGAAUGAACGAGGGAAUGAGUUCGUAAUGCGGCUUUCCAUUUGAAUUUACUUGGGCAUAGAUCACAGGCAAAGGGCUUUUCUUCGGUGUGCAGCAUCUGGAGGCUGGCCAACGAAUGAAUAGUUUUGAAGGAUUUUCCACACUCCGCACACAAAUGGUCUGCAACGAGAAACAAAGAGAAAAAUUGAUAAAAAUGAAUUCAUUUAUAGUGAAUUUGAUCCGAUUGAUCCAUACUCGCAUGAUUGUCUCGAAUGUGUGCUUUUAAUUUGCGUUCAUUGAAGAAAACCAUGUUACAAGUGCUGCAGAUGAUCGGUUUGGCUUUUUUAUGCCAUUCAUGGUGUAACACUAGUAGGAAAUGCAAAGCAAAUUCCUCGGCGCAUUGAUCGCAUUUGUAGGCUUUUAGAUGAUCCUUGUGCAUAUCCUGAAUGUGUUGCUUUACAGCGGUGAGUGUGUUAAAUGACUCUGAGCAAUAUUCACAUUCAUGAAUGUUUUUGGUGUGUCUCGACCGAUGCCGAAACCAACUGUUUAUGUGAAUGAAACGCAUAUUACACGUGGUACAUUCGAAUGGCUUCCGUAUGUUGUUAUGCUCGUUCAUAUGUUGUCGCAGGUCAUUCAACAGCUGGAAUUGUCCCACAACAUUCUCAUUAGUUUUUUUCACUGCUGUAGGUGUUAUUCGGAUUGGCGGCUAUUCGCAUUUUGAUUUUAGCUGAAAUUGUUCGUGAGCACAUCAAAGAAAUCUGAAUUUGGACAAUGUCGAAGGUAUACGUUAAAGUGUACGGCGAUUACACUCUCAGUGGAAGAGACUUUCAGUCGAUCCAACGAAAUGAUAUGCGCCGAAUCGUGCUAAGCCCGGACAAUGUCCACUCGCUAGCUGUCACGGAAAUGAAGGAUGGAUGUCUUUGCAUCACCAAUGAAGCGAAAAUCCCGUUCGCUUUCACAAUCAGCCGUGAUCGCAAACUGAUUGCAAAUGUGAAGUACAGUGGUGAGGACAAUCUUCUGGUCAACACCAACUGGCGAAUUUCUGGCAAAAUGGUUGAAAACAAGGAAAUUCAUUCGAAUCCAGAUCUCCACACAUCGCUCCAUUUGAAUAUCGAUGUGCACGUCGAUGGAAUUGGUCGUGUCGAUCUAAAGGUGGAUGACAGCUCAUGCGCUGCCUGCGUUUUUUCGAAAACCGAAUUAUUGUUCGUGCGCAUGAAUGGUAACCGGGUGGUACCACGAUUGGAAGGAUUCAUUGAAAAUGAAACGAAGACGCAAGUAGGCGCGGUCCAGAACCAGUUUCUGAACGUAUUGCUUGGAUAAAUUCGAAUCAGCAUAUGCAGACAAAUCAGCGUAUAUUCGAAUCGUUGUACAUUCGAGAGACAUUUCUUAAUAAUAGUGUGCACAUUAUUUAUAAGAAAAUAAAGUUAUAAUUAACAAUGUCAACAAUUCGAA